AUGCUACGAUUAGUUGCUACGCUAUCAACGUUUUCAGAGACUUUCUCUCUCUUAUCUCUUUUCUCUCUCUUCGAUAAUGGUAACAUCUCCAUCUUCUCCGGCAAAUCCACCGGCAAACCAGCGUCGCCGACACUCGUCCAGGUAGAACUUUUGGUGGCUGUUUGGGGAUGGGUGGGAGGUGUACGGGAAAAGCAGAGCUGGCCAUUUGGCCGUCACAAAGGGCUAGACGUCGGGUUCCAAAGCACCCGGGUUGUAUUCGCGGGAAUUGCUGCGGCUGCCCAGGAGACUAGGUGGGCAUGGUCGAAGGCGAGGAAUACGGAUGGGUAUAAGUUGUGGUACUCUGGAGUUGUGAGGGGUAAGAAUGGAGUGGGUAUCUUGGUGGAUAGGGAUCUUAGAGAGUUUGUGGUUGAGGUUAGGCGAGUGAAUGAUAGGCUAAUGUUUAUUAAGUUGGUGAUCGGUGUGUGCACCCUCAAUGUCGUUAGCGCCUACGCGUUGCAAGCGGGCCUGGACGAGGAGGUUAAGAGGCGCUUUUGGGAGGGCUUGGACGAGAUUGUGCGUAGUAUUCCACCUACUGAAAGGUUAUUUAUUGGAGGGGAUUUCAAUGGCCAUAUUGGGGCGGCUGCUGGUAGUUAUGGCGAGGUGCAUGGUGGCUUUGGCUUUGCGGAUAGGAACGGAGGAGGUACUUCGCUGUUAGACUUCGCUAAGGCUUUCGAGCUAGUGAUUACGAACUCGACUUUUCCGAAGAGGGAGGAGCAUCUGGUUACUUUCCGGAGUUCGGCGGUGAAGACUCAUAUCGAUUACCUUCUCCUCAGAAGGUGUGAUAGAGGGUUGUGCAAGGAUUGCAAGGUUAUCCCGGGAGAGACCCUCGCGACUCAGCAUAGACUCCUAGUGAUGGACAUCGGCAUUAUGAUGAAGAGGAAGAAGAGGUAUGCUCGUGGCUGA